GAAGGCCCCCCCGCGCGGCCCGCCCACCACCGGCGCCGCCCAUGGCGGCCGCGGAGGGCGCCCCGGGCGUCGGCGAGGCCGCGGCGCGGCCGGGGAAGCGGCGGCGCCUCGGCGAGGCGGCUGCGCCCGCGGCGCCAAGUGGAGCGCUCCAGGACGCGCCUGGGGCCGCCGCGGGGGCCGCCGAGGUCGGGGCCGGCGAGGCGGCGCUGACGGAGGCCGCCGCGUGGAUCUUGCAGCGCGGUGGGACCGUCGACGGCGUGCGCGUGGAGGAGGCCCCGGGCGACGUCCCAUGUGCGACGUGGGAGAGCAACAAAUAGGACAGCGCGGAACGAUCACUGCUAGAGCUGCCCGACCCAGGUGGUGUUUCUUCAAGGGCGGGCAGCCAGGUUUCAUUCCCCGCAGUGUUGCACAAGGCAGGUGCAGUAGAUGUCCAGAACGAUGUUCCUCAUCUCUCCCUGUCCAUGCUCCUCCUCCUCAUCAUCCUCCUCGUCUCACGCCCCGCCUUAUGGGGCACGGCGGCGGAUGACGCUCUCGGAAGUUCUAUGUCUGUUUUUGCAGAGGCGGGAGCUGCUGGGCGCAGGCUUGUCGCGGCAAGGGAUUUGCCUGCAGGCUUCACCUUCAUGCGCGUCCCAGAGAGUUGCGUGUUGAGCGUGGACGCGUGCGCGGCUAUGCUGGCAAGGCUUGGGGCUGCGCGCACACAGCCCUGGGGGCAGCCCGGACUUGUUUCGAAAAGCCCACAGAACAGACCUGGGCGGUCUCCAUGCCCAGCGCAGCCUUUGGCGACGCAUCCCAAUGCUUGGGGCCAGGGGCGAUCCGCGCACCUGGGUCAGGGCGUCGAGACCGCCCCAUACUGCCUUGUGGGCUUGCUCGGGCCAGCUGUGGCUGGCUCCAGGGGCUGUCCUUGCACGACCCCUGCGCCUUGCCAGGCCGUGCCCCACGGGCAGUCGAUGCAGCAGCUCUUCCGGCUCGUUGUGCCAGAGGAGGUGGUGGAGGAGGACUUGAGGGCUGAGGGAGCAGCCUCCCAGCCGCUGCCCAUGGCGACGCGUCGGGCCGCGCUCUACGCGGCGCUGAUGCUCGGCCCGGCUGCAGGAGGCGGGGAGGCGCUUGCUGGGCUGCUGGGCCAGCUGCAGCGCCGGGAGGCGGCGGCCACCACGCCCUUCGUGUGGCCAGGCGACGCCACCGCCGGGCAGGCCGCGUGGCGAGACGUGCCAAGACCGAUUGCAGAGGAGUGGAGGGGAUUCUUGGGCAGCCUCUCUGCGGAGUACGCCGAGCUGUUCCCUGCGCUGUGCGAGGCGUUCCCGGCUUCGUUCCCCGUCGAGCGCUGCACCUGGGAGGCGUGGCUCAGGGCGCACAGCACGUACACGUCGCGCGCUUUCCCGCGGCAGCCUGGAUCUUGCAGCGCCGACGGGGUGCUGCUGCCUCUCCUCGACAUGUUGAAUCACGACAGCGCCUCGGCCAAUGUCGAGUGGCGCGGCGCGGGCCUGACGGAGCGGAGCGGCGCGAGGACGACGCGCGCGGUGGCCGCUGGCGAGGAGCUGGUCUACAGCUACGGCUGCAAGGGGAACGCGGAGCUCAUCCUGGUUAUGGCUUCGCCGUAUGGGGCAACCCGCACGAGCUCGCAAGGGUGGUGGUUGACGCGGAAGAGUUGCGGGGGCCAGAGGGGGCGGGGGUCUGCGAGGCUGCGGCGGCCGUCGACGUGGCCCUGGACACGAUGUGCGGGAUCUCCGACUUCUGCCUCAGAAGCGGCGUUGGGAAAGCUGUCUUCAAGCUGUCGCUGGACGACCUCGCCGCUGGCUCGCGAGGGGGCGGCCCUUGGGCGGCUCUGUGCCAGCUGUGCAGCGCCACACACGUGCAGCUCAACAGGGCCACGCCAGAGGACGUCCUGCAGGAAGUCCUGUGGGGCGCGUGCUCGGGCCUCAUGGGCGAGGCGCGCGACGGCACGGAGAGGGGCCUGGACGACUGGAAGGCCCACGUCGCGCGGGCGCACAGCCUCGACAGCAUCGCGGUCGGCACGUCGCGGUGCGCCACGACGCCCGCCGGCAUGGUCGCGGCUCUGAGGGACUCGCAGCUAUCGGUGGUGCUUGCGGCCGUCAAGAGGCUCGCCGAGCAAGACCCACUCCCGAAUGGUGCGGGGCGCUGGGCAACGCGGUGCCAUAUCUUGUAGCACUCGUCGCAUCCAAAA